UCUCGCCGUACACCAGGGCUGCCCACACCUUUCCAAAACACUCCAUACACCUCCUCCACAUCCUUGUAUCUACACGCCCGCCCACAUUUGGUCCUUUGUGAGGGUUGAGGCAGUCUGUCAAAGAGCUUGGGUUCGAGGCCCAGCGUCGAGGCAGCAGUGUUCCCUCGUGCCGCCGUUCGGCUGCUUCCUGCCUUUUGAGCUUUGCGUCUUGGGGUUUUGUUUUCGGCCGUUUCGCCAUCAUGUCGACCAACACUCACCCGGGUCUGACUUUUGGCGUAAGCAACCUCCGACGCGGCGGCUACCCUCCAACGCAAUCCCACACGACCGGCAAGCCCUCGCCCUCGCUGUCGCAGCAGCACGCGUCACCAUAUCAUACCCAGGCGUACGCUCAGCAAGCCCAGCAGAGCGGCUAUCCUCAUCACAUAUUCACUACAUCGGCCUCGCCCGUCCCGACCGUCCAAAAUGCCGCCCGACAGCAGGCCCCGAUCGCCGCGCCCGUCAACGUCUCUCGCCAGCGGGCCAUGCCUCCGCGUCAGAUGCCUCCGCCGACCCAGUCGCUGAACUACCUCGCCCAGGCCAUGAACCCUGGCAUGGGCCAUGCCGUCCCCCAGCAGAACGACAGCCAUAUGCUAGCCCGCCAGCAGUCGCAGCAGCACCAGCACCAGCAGCAUCAACAACACCAACAACCGCACCAGACACACGCGCAGCACCAGGCGCACCAAGCGCACCAAACACAUGCCCAGCACCAGGCGCACCAGACACACACCCAGCACCCCCAGCACACCCAGCACCACCAACACCACCAUCAGCAACAACAAACCCAACAAUCACAAGCACAGCCUCACUAUCAGCAGCAGCAGCAGCAGCAACAACAGUCUGUCCAGCAGCAGCAGUCGCAGCAACAACAGCAGCAGCAGCCGCAGCAGCAUCAGCAGCAGCAGCCAUCGCAACACCAACAGCAGUCAGUCCAGCACAACCAGCAACAGCCGCAGCCUCAGCAACCACAACAUCCGUCUCUCUCCUUAGCCCUUCCUCGACCUCCAUCUCAACCUCAGAUAUCCCAGGUGCAACAAGUUCAGCAGGUUCCCCAGGUACAUCAGGUCCAGCACUCCCAACAUGCCCAACACACUCAGCAGGCCCAGCAGACGCAGCCGGUUGCCGCUGUGCAUCCCUCGCAAACCCACCAGCAGCAAAUUCACCAGCAGCCGGUGGCGCAUCAGGCACAGAUUCACAAGCCCCAGGUUCAUCCUUCGGCGGUUCAUCAGAGCCAAAUACAGCAACCGCAAGUGCGGCAACAGCUGCCGCUGAAGCAGAAUGCUGCGCAUCAGCCCACUCACCAAGCCCACCAGGUUCACCAAGGGCAUCAGAACCACCAGGCACAGGCGCAGCAGGCGCAACAGACACACACAACACCAACCCCUCAGCCGCAACAUGCCCUGCCGGUGCACCAAACACACUCGGCGCACCAGGUCCAGCAAACCCAACAGGUCCAGCAAGUGCAACAGGUUCAGCACGUCCAGCAGCAGGCUCAACAGGCUCAACAGGCUCAACAGGCACAGCAGGCUCAACAGGCACAGCAGGCACAGCAAGCCCAGCAGGUUCAGCAGGCUCAGCAAGUCCAGCAGGCCCAGCAAGCUCAACAGGCUCAACAGGCCCAACAGGCCCAGCAAGUCCAGCAGGCUCAUCAAGCCCAGCAACAGGCUCAGCAACAGCAACAGCAGCAACAGAGCCAUCAGCCGCAAACACAGGUCCAGCAACCAUCAAUACAGCAACCGCAACCCCACCAGGCACAGGCGCACCAGACCUCUGCGCACCACACACCUGUUCCGCAAAAGCAGGAAACUCCGACUCCGACACACGCAGAAGAGAGCCACCACGAGGAUGAGAUGGAGAUUGACAUUGCGGCUGAAGAUGAUGACGGUGACCAAUCCAAGCUCUCUGACGCUGCUGCCGUCGCGCGGGAACCCAUGGGAGAGCUUAUGUCGGCCCCACCAGAGGGCGGCAGCUACCCGACUCUGGAUGCCGUGCACAAGUACGUGCUCGCGUACUGCACCUCGGUCGGAUACGCGGUCGUCAUCGGGCGGUCGAAAAAGACAGUUCCAGGGCUGAAGAAAGUCCUGUUUGUCUGUGACCGCGCCGGAAAGCCUCCGAAGCGGGUCAACCCGGAGCUCCGUAAGAGGAAAACGUCGUCCCGCAAAUGUGACUGCCAGUUCGGCUUUUUCGCCAUCGAGCAGAGGACCCAGUGGAUCGUGCGGUAUCGCCCUGAUUCCGCACAUCUCACCCACAACCAUGGACCAAGUCAGAGCCCCCUGCUCCACCCCGCUGCUCGCAAGCUUGACAGCAAAAUGGUGGCGUCCGUAAAGGCACUCAAGGAGAAUGGUGUUGGUGUGACCCAAACUCUUGAAAUACUGCAGACCGAACACCCCAACGUACCGCUCCUCCCUCGAGAUAUAUACAACGCGAGGGCGGCUAUCAACCGCAACCCACAAAAGGUAGCGGCUGGGGCUUCUGAGAACAAGAUGACCAUAUACAGCAAGCCCCAGCCGUCCGCCGAAGACCGCAUCCGAGCCGACCUUCGCCGUGAGCUUGCCAAGACCAAAGAGGACUACGACAAACUCAAAGCCGACUCGGCCAAAGAGAUCGAGGAGCUCAAGCAGCAGCUGGAGGAAAAGGACAAGAUGAUCCAUAAAUUCGAGAUGUUCAUCGACAUCUGCAAUCAGAGGGUCAUGGUGCAGCGAGAACGGCUGAACGAUGGCAACGAAAACGGAGGUGCUUCCAUCGUUCCUGCCCCCUAACUGUUGGGUAUUUGAAUUUGUUCACGUUGGUUGUAUCUGCAGUAUCGAGCCGGAUCAAGGAGCAAAGUGUGGAUUUAUGGCGAUGGUGGGUUGCUGCCUUCUGGGGUGACUGCUGGUCGACGACUCUGUUUCCCCCCUCUCUCUUUUGGAUUUCUAGAGCAAUUUUUACCUGUGUUUGGAGCAAGGGGCGUUUGUGAGCAUUUUCUUGUUUUUUUUGUUUUUUUUCUGUCAUGAGGCGUGGGGAGGGUGGGCAAUGUAAUAUGGGGGAAAGCAAAGCACCGCGUGAGGCGCUCGGUUUUGAUACGUUCUCUCUGCUGGGACGCAUGUGGAGGUUUACGAGAUGUCAGUGAAUACAAGUCUUCCCGUUUUUGAGAUUUUCUUUUGGCCCAGAUAUUAUGUCCUCGUUAGUUCUGCGUUUGAGAUUUCAUGGAGCCGGGGUUUUUCAUAUGUUGAUUCUAUGAAGCGGACGUAUUGGAUUUCUGCUGGGGUUUGUGUAGCCAGAUCCAAUUGCACGUCCAUCGCCGCGAAGGAACACAACUCUGAUUUUCAUCAUAUUGAUUUUGACUGGCCGAGAGGCGGAAAAGCGUAGUCCAGCGCAAACAAUGUAAGCUCCUGGGCACCCUGUCUGUUUUGUCACUAUCUAAAUUUCUCCGUUGGGUCGCAAGGCUAAAUUCCCG